AUGUCAGUUUCCUUGGUCUACAGUUACCUUGUGGAUCGAGGAAACCUUGUGCUGUUUCAGGAGGAGCUGAAUGGAAACCUCAAAAUGCUAUCCAUGAAGGAGGCGUAUGAAUUAAUGGUGAAUGUGGGCAUCAGCAUGGCCAGAUACCAGGUGUAUGCUCAUUUAAAGAGGAAUGGGUACAUCGUACGCAGGUUCCCUUCAGUGUGGAAGCUGUCUGACACAGACGACCCAUCAAUUGUAUGGGAGGGGUGGUCGAGAGGGCGCUCAGACAUUCGUUCAGAGAUGGAGGAGCCCAAAACUGAAGUGCACUUGGAGGCCACUGAGUCAGAAGCUGAGGGUGGAUGUUCUGAUACUGUGGCAUGCAGCCAUGAAGAAGAGCAGCACGACUCGCGGGAGCAGGGCUUGGAUGACACCAUCGGCACCAGAGCACAUGAUUACCACUCCCCUCUGGUGGGCUGUUCGCAUUGCCCUGUUGACACAGCGGCCAGCCCUGCUGGCAACCCGCCUCCCAAAAGACAUGCACUCCCAUUCCCCAGGAUUGCCCACAAUAGCGACUCAAGUCCUCCACUUACAUCGCAGUUGGUUUUUGAUGUAUUCAAGCCGAAUUCCAACUUCAAACGCCGGCAACCAGGCCUGCCCAUGCUUCGAGUGUGCAUGCCGUCUGGCAGGAAACUCCGGCUUCAAGACAUUGUUGCUGCAGAAGGGAGUUCUGAUGGUGUACAUGUGACUUACGCCAUAGUGGACAAUGGGGACAUAGUUUUCUUUGACAUAUAG